AUGAACAUCCUGUGUUGCCUACUGGCAGUACACGGUGCCCUAUGGACGGGAGUGAGCGGGCACGGCAGACUCAUCGAACCACCCUCCAGAGCCUCCGCCUGGCGAUUCGGAUUUGACACGCCGCACAACUACAACGAUCAUGAGCUAUACUGCGGAGGAUUUACGCGCCAAUGGAAAAGAAAUGGUGGCAAAUGCGGCGUGUGUGGCGACGCCUGGGACUCUCCCAUACCACGUCCACAUGAACUGGGCGGCCGCUUCGGGAAGGGCAUUAUCGUCCGACGGUAUGCACCCAAGGAUACUAUCGUCAUUAAAGUGGAGUUGACAGCCAGCCACAUGGGCUACUUUGAAUUCAGAGUCUGCGAAGAACCAAAAGCCACCACGCAAGAAUGCUUGGACAAGAAUGUUUUAAGGCUAGACAGUACUAAUGCUACAAAAUACUACCCUAAAGAAGGCAAUAAAGUUUACGAGAUGAGAUAUCAAUUGCCGGAUGACCUGGAAUGCUCACACUGUGUGUUACAGUGGAGGUACAUAGCUGGCAACAAUUGGGGUACGUGUGCGGACGGGACCGGCGCCGUGGGCUGUGGACCGCAGGAGGAAUUCAGAGCGUGCGCUGACAUAGCCAUAGGCGACCGCUUCACGACCUCGACCAGACGCCCGAGGCCAACAUACGUGCCUCCUAGCAGGAAACCAAAUCUACCCAUGCCCGAGGAGUCUACUGGAAGCGCAUGGUACGGCAUCGUCAUUGCCAUCGUCACACUGUUCGUCGCACUCGCUGUUCUGUCAGGCAUCUAUCUGUACUAUUACAGAGGCGGCAUGAGAAUAAAGAGUCUUUUGAAAUCGAAGGCCGCACCUCCUGCCCCCGUACCGCCACCCAGGCAUAAGAGAUCGUCACUGUCCCGAGAAGAACCUCCAGUUAUAUCUUCUCCAAAACCUAUUUCAGAUGCAGGGUUUGAGACGGUUGACCUUAAAGCAAAGUGA